AUGCAGGACCGCCUGUAUGCCCGUUCAACCGGUGACCUGACCCCUCGGGCCCUGGCUCGGACCACCACGACAGAGCUUCUGCGCAGCUUCGCUCACGCGCCACAACAUCGCUUCGAUGGCGAGACAGACGAUCGGGGCAUUCCAGGGGCUGCCAGCAUAUGGGCGCAUCGCGCCGGUGUCAAUGCGCUAGCACUGGAAAAGUUCGACGGCCGUCACUUGCUUUCAGGAGGUGCCGACGGUGCCCUAAGACUCUGGGAUCUCGACAACUGCGGCAGCCCCCAUGACCGCCACACAUUUCGGCCCGUUGCCGGCGUGCCGCGAUCUGUCCGUGGCAGCACCGACGGUCACAAGCACGGCAUCACCCAUCUCGGCUUCUACCCCUUCGACUCCGACGCGUUCCUAUCCAGCUCCUUUGAUCGAACCCUGAAGCUUUGGUCAACCAAGCUGAUGCGCACGUCGGCCAGCUUUGAUCUCGAGACGAUCAUACAUAGCCACGCUACGAGUCCCCUCCCAGGCCACUUGCUUGUUGCUUGCGCCACCCAGCACUCCGCCGUUCGUCUUGUUGACCUCAAAUCGGGCUCCGCUGUUCAAGCCCUCGCUGCUCACGGAGGGGCUGUCCUGUCUGUAGCCUGGAGCCCCAGGCACGAGCACGUGCUCGCCAGUGGCCAUGCUGAUGGCCGGGUCCGCGUCUGGGACGUCAGACGGGCCAGCGGUGUUAUUGGCAUGCUGGACCACGAGGACAGCCUUGGCAUUGUCCACCGGUUCGACCACGCCAUGGCUUCAGGCAUGUCGUGGACGAUGGACCCCAUUCCCGGCCGCUGCGCGAGCCCACGAUGA